CUUUGCGAAAUGUUGCUGUAUGGCAUGUAGAUACGUCAAUCAUCUCGAUAGAAGUUGACGACGCUCUCUUCGAACAGCCUUACCUGCCCACUUUACGUUUUUCUCUCGCCGUGAAUAUUUUUUACGUACCGAGAGCUUCCUUGUGCAGCUACUACUUUUCUUGUUGAUUGAACUAUUUUCUAAAUAUUUUUGUUUCUCAUUUUAUCAGCUUUUACCUCUUUCGCCCCUCACAACCUCACGACCCGAGUUGUUUUCACACCCACAUCAUGAUCCAGCAAGACCAUUCGUUCUUCGUCUACCAAGUAUUCCAGCUCUUUUAGUUUUUAAGACCAAAAUUUCGCAAGCAUUGCGAAGCUUGCAACCCCCGCCAUGUCUUUCCACGCGAACUCCUCGCGCCAUGAUAUGGCAGCUCCCGGUUUUGGCCAAUCUUACGAUCCUUUCGCCGAUCUUUCGCGAAAUGCGGAUGAUAUUGAUGAAGCUUUGGAUUUCGAGGAUACGUACGAUGGGUUAGGUGAUGGGUUGGACGAAACGGACGACGCUUUCAACGAUGAUACCUUUGGUGGCGGCGGUGGUGGUGACUCUAGUGGAGUGUCGCAUGCGCCAGUUGGCAAGGAUUUCGACUUCUUUGGACAGACUGCGAAAGUCGCGAACGCUAUCGAGGAAGAACACCAGCGCUUCAGCCGUCAACAACCAGCUCCAAAAUCGAUCCCAUCUUCCUCAGCACAGGCGUACAACUCAGGGUAUGCCUAUCAGCCAGCGCCUAAACCCGCUAGAAGUGGUUACGAGAAAUACAAGUCGUCUGAACCUGUAUCCGACCUUCAAGUUGACGCUUCAAUAUGGGGAGUCCAACCAAAGAAAGCUACUCCAGUAGCACCAGCUCAACCCCAGCCGACUGCACCACCGGCAGGUCGUAAAAUGAUGAGUCUAGAGGAGGUCGAGGCGGCGAUGCGAGCCCAGGCAAAAGCUCCUACUCAACCCCAACAGCCUCAAGCCCAGCCUCAGGCUCCGUCGCUGGCUGGUCCUGAUCUUCAAGCAUCAUUUCCCCACGCUCAUUACCCCCAACAGGAGCCUAUCGACUACCUACAGCAGCAACAAUUCGACAACCGUCAACCCCAGGGAUUCUAUGCUCCCGAAAACCAGCAGCUUCCGCAAGGGACUACUCAUGGACACCCUAUAGCAAUCUUGCAGCGACCAUCUUCAAAGAGCAUCCCAUCUAGCGGACCUAGCGUGCCAAGUUCCUUGCCUCAGCAGCAUCAACCUACUUCUAUAGGAUUCCCGACGCAGAUACUACAGAACCCUAAUCGCACACCUGGAGAGCCCGCUAGAAUUAACUUGCCAGCUCAUCCAGCUCAUCCAGCUCAUCGAUCGCAGAACUCAUUCACCCGCCAGCCUCAGCCUAGCGCAAGUCAAGCUCACCUUUCGAAUUUAUCCGAGCAGGAGAAGGCUUCCUUCCUUGAAGCUGAGGCAAGACGAGCCAAGCGUAACCAUAAGAUCCAUGUUUUGUCGAAGGACAAUGGCUUGAUGACACCACAGGAUAAAAGUUUCAUUACCAGAAUUCAACUUCAGCAGCUUGUCUCGGCCACUGGCGACCCUAGCGAACACGGAACCGAUGCUGCUCUUGCGGAAGAUUUCUACUAUCAGGUUCUCAGCUCGUUACGAGCAGGACAGCGACCUAAUCCGAAUCAGCCUCUCAACAACUUUGCUCAGACGUACCUUUUCCAAACUGGUACUCGCCAUGGAGGUAUGAGACGUCAAGGACGAGGCCCGGAGAAUCACAUGCAGCGAAUGGAACAGCAGGUUCAACGUGCUGUUGAGGCGGCCAAGAAUAAGCCCAAGAACAAACAGCUGGUCAUCGAAGGCAGCUUAGGAAAAAUCUCGUUCAGCAACGCGAAGACGCCAAAGCCUCUACUGAACAUUAAGCGGACCGAGAGCAGUACCGAUACUAAUCGACCCGGUAGCGGACAUCGCUCCCAUCCGACUACGGGUACCGACAAGAAGGAGACACUACAGAAUAUCGAGAAAGUCUACUUGACUCUGAUGAAGAUGGAAGAUCUAGACCGCAAUAUGCCCCCCCCUCCGUCGAAUGGCAAUUCGGAUCCAGAUUUCGAGCGACGUGCUGAGAUACAGCUACAGUUGCAACAACUAAAUGAGCAGCUGUGGGCCGAGCUCAAAGUCCAUGAGCCUAUAGGCGCGACUUCUGUGCAUCCUUUUAUCGCCUUUUUGUCCUAUCCUAAAGGCAAGAAAGCUAUCGGCCGCGUGUUCAACCAUAUUACCCUCGAGCAGCAAACAACCAUACUGACCAUUAUCGUCAUCCACCUUGAUCAACUCGAUGUAGUCCGCGGUGCACAGGUACAAACCGGAGAACCCAUCAAUUUGAACGCCGCUACUCGCGAGAGCAUCGAGCUGUUCAUCGUGGCAGUCAUGCCAAGUCUUCUCCACCUCUUGGGCAAAUCGGAGUUGCAUAUUGUCACCGGUGUACUCGGAUUGAUAACCCAGAAUCUCAACGUAGAUCUUGUUGCUCGAACUCGGAUUGGUGUCUCGAUGUUAACCAUGAUCCUUAGCCGAGCCGAGCUCGCUAAGCAAGCUGGACAAGCAACUGAGCAGUCUUGGCAACAAUGGGUUGCAACUUUCAACCAAUUCUUCAACGCCUUAGAACCAACUCUUCCCAACAUCUUCCCGGGCACCGUGGCAUCCGGAGAGGAUAUUUAUGUGUGGCAAUUCCUUGCUGCCAUUGGCAUAGGAGCCAGCCCAGAGGAACAGCAACGCCUCGUCCUUGCCGUCAAAGACCGUGUCAUGGAUACUGUCAAUCUAUCUAAGACUCUUCCUGCUGAUAUGGCAAAGACUCGCUUGGACAACGUCAACCUGUUUAUGCGAUCUAUCGGUCUUGACGUCGAAUUGUUGAACAACUAGACUAAACGUUACGAUAGCCGUCUCGACAUACUGUAUAGUCUCAUCCAGAUUUAUCGUCGGUUUGUUUGACCGAAGAAGACUUGGAAGGUAGGCACUGGAUGUGAACACUCAACCGCCGCUGCUUUUGGCGGCUUAAUGAGGCGCGAAGAAGUCCUUGCGAAGGGCCUCUGAUAGAUGGGCAAAUGCUUGGCGCCCGGUAUAUGGGUAGCGAACGGUGGAAUCUAUCCGAAUUCUCACGAGUUCAUGAUACCCGGAUUGGCUUAGCGAUGAGGUCUGGAGAUGAUGCGGGCCAAUUUUGUGGACGAUGGUUCUAGACUCCUACGGGGAGGUGUGUGCAUAGAUAGUUAUAUCGUGAGGACAAGGCAUCUAAUGCCUAUAUUUUGUGCCAUAACGAUAGUCAAGUUCCGAGCCCUACUAGGCACUCGUGAUACUGUUAUACGUUGGUGCUAGUCCUACAGAUGUGCAUAGGUAGCUGAGCUGUUUGUAUUGCGUGCAAUAAUUCUGAGCUAUUGUUAAAGCCAAACGAA